GAAAGUGUCGAGUUUAUCCUCGGUGAGGAUGAGGAGUUUUCUUGACCAGAAAAAGAAAGGAAGUGGUGAAACUUCUGUUGAAAAAGUUGUCAAGGACGCGGGUGCUGAUGUUGCACAAUCUAGUGCACACUCACGAGGAGGAAAAAGGAAAAAUCUGGAGUCCGCCCUUAGAGAUCUUGUCUGGAGUAGACAUAGUAUUCGAAUUCGGGGUUAAGAGCGGAGUGAAGAAGCAAUCGCGUCUUCAUGGUUUCAUGGCUGGCGGUGCUGUGGAAUCGAUCUGGAGUGAUCGAUUCCCAUCUGGUGCUCUUGCUGAUAGGGUUGCUCAGAACCCAAAUGACAUUCAACUCUUGAAGGACGUCAGAAAGGAAGUGGUCAGUCAAUAUAUACAGAUUCUUGCUACGAGAUUGCUCUGUGUUGGCCGAACUACAGAGUUGCUUGGUGCUGAAGAGAAGGUUGAAAAGGACAAGAUUGAAAAACUGGAGAAGUCAGUUGCGGAGAGAGAGGGAGUGGUCAUUGAUCUGACAAAAAAAUGAAGGAUAUGGAGACUGAAAUUGAAAGCUUGCAAGAUCAAAUCCGAUCUCUACAAGGUCAGCUAAAGGAGGCAGACCUCGAGAAGGGGAAACUAACAUCUCGGGUUCAUGAGCUGGAAGAUGAAGGGCUAGAGAUGUUUGCCGGUGGGUUCAAUCGUGCAUUGAGUCAAAUUGGCAUUUUUGCUCUUGAUCUUGACGUUAGUGGUUUUGAUGUCACUAAGAUCGUUGUGAAUGGUCAAUUAGUUGAUGAUGAACCUUGGGGGGGGGAGUAUAGCAUGAAACUGCAGAUGCAGUUAAAUGAAUUUGAUUUUUAGUAUGUAUUUUGUUUGAGAAUUAGACUUUUGGUUGAACUUUUUGAUGAAAAACAACCAUAAUCGUAUAUGUAUCUGCAACACGUUUUGUUGC